AUGGAGAAUAAGGGCCAGUAUGGCAAUCAUUUACAGCUGAAGAAGCGCGUGGACCAGGUCACUGAUGAGUCUCUGGACAUUACACGUCGUAUGGUGCAACUGGUGGAAGAGAGUAAGGAUGCUGGAAUAAAGACCCUAGUGAUGCUGGAUGAGCAGGGAGAGCAGUUGGAGCGGAUUGACAAGGGUCUGAACCAAAUUAAUCAGGAUAUGAGAGAAGCGGAAAAGAACCUAACAGACAUGGGUAAAUGCUGUGGACUCUGCUCCUGUGACAGGUUGAUGAACAGUGCAACAUACAGAGCUGCAUGGGGUAAAUCUAACGAAGACGUUGUCUCGGCUCAGCCUUCUCACGUUGCUGAUGAAAGGGAAAGGAUGAUGAUGAGCGGAAGUUAUAUCCGCAGGAUAACGAGGGAUUCACGAGAAAAUGAAAUGGAGGAGAACCUCAACCAAGUUGGCAGCAUCCUGAACAAUCUCCGCAGCAUGGCGCUGGAUGUUGGGAAUGAAAUCGAUAUCCAGAACAAACAAGUGGAGAAAAUUAUAGAGAAGGUUGCAGUAAAUCAGGAUCGAAUACAGGAUGCAAAUACUAAGGCCAAAAAGAUUCUCAAGAGUGUUUGAUUUCUUCCUCCAGUAUGUGGCAUCUAAUCGGGAGAGUCGGCUAGAAAAUUCAUGAGAGUCCCAUGAGAGUCAUCAUAUCCAAACCCUAUAAAAACAUAUCUAUGGCUCAGGCUCUAUAUGUAGAAGGCCACGGAUACACCAUAGGAGAAUCAUACCCUUAAAACAGCUACUCUUGUGUAUGCCAGCCUCACAAUCAAGCCUAAUGUGGACUAUAUGUUCAGUAGCUAAAGAUCAGGCAUGGAGUCUUCUGUAUUUAGGAAGAGCUCUACCCAAACUUAAAAGAGUAACUAAUACAAUGGGUUCUUUACUUCCCCUGAUUCAUAAAUCCAAGUGGUAAUCUACAUUUUAUAACUUUUUGGAAGGUCCUUGCACAUAUUUCUAUUUUCUCAAGCAAAAAAAAUACGAUUUUAGAUUACAGGUUCCUCAAGUGGGAGGUUAGUCAUUGAGGGUCCCACUGUAGUAACUGGUGGGUGGUUUGUAGGAUGCUCAGAUGAAUGGAAAUCUUCAGUCCUCCAGAGGCAUAGCCACAUCUAAUCUGUUAGUGUGCUUUUUUGUUAACCUGGUUAGGGGGUUGUCUUCUCCUGAGUGACCCUCGUUUUCUUUUAGGAAGGGAGAUAGAGGAACCAUACCACAGAUUGUGUCUCAUGGCCUGGACGUCCUUUAAUCUAUCCUGAGGUUGUUCUAGAGAUCUCUACUUUUUGAAGUGUCUUCAUCUCCCCUGCCUUCACCCUGAGCUCAUUCCUGAUGCUGAGGCCCACCACAAUGGUUCUACGUGAACUGUAUACCUUAUUGCUUGUGCCUUGUGUGUGCAUGUGAUUCAGUUAGGUGUGGGCAGAGGGUGCCUAUACUUUUAUGGCAUCACAGUUGUCACUGUACCAACUUUGUAAAGACUGUGUGGUAUUUUUUCUAUUGAAAAGUAAAGUGGUGAUGCCCUAAA